AUGAAGUUCGUAGCCUUAAUUUCUGGUGGCAAGGAUUCGUUCUUCAAUAUUCAUCAUUGUCUUUCCAAUGGACACGAAUUGGUAGCACUUGCAAAUUUAUAUCCUGAGGAACAGAACAAGGAUGAGAUUGAUUCAUUCAUGUUUCAGACCGUAGGUCAUGAUAUCAUAGAUAGCUACUCUGAAUGCUUAGGUGUUCCAAUUUAUAGACAGGCCAUCACGGGAGGUUCAACAAAUCAGCUGUUGGAGUAUUCCAAGACUGAAAAUGACGAGAUCGAAGACUUGUACAAACUAUUGAAGCUGGUCAAAGAAGCUCAUCCAGAUGUAGUAGCCGUCAGUUGUGGAGCCAUUCUUUCACAUUACCAGAGAACCAGGGUCGAAAAUGUAUGUGGAAGAUUGAAUCUUACUUCUUUGGCUUAUCUUUGGCAGCGAGACCAGUACGAAUUGAUGCAAGAGAUGAUCAGAUACCAAUUGGAUGCUAGACUUAUAAAGGUUGCAGCCAUUGGUCUUAACUCAACCAUGUUGGGAAAGUCAAUAACAGAAAUGUUUCCUACGUUGGUCAAGUUGAAUCUGAUGUACGACGUUCAUAUAUGUGGUGAAGGAGGAGAAUUUGAAACAAUUGUUUUAGAUUCUCCUAUAUUCAAGAAGAAAUUGGAGAUUACUGACAGAGAAGUGAUCGACCAUUCCAGUGAUGAUGUUUCAUACUUGAGAGUAAAGGUCAAAGUUCUUGACAAAGAACAUUUCCAAUGGACUAAGAUCGCUUGUCCUCCUUUGUUAAAAGAAGAAUUUUCCAAUAUUCUCGGUUCAGCACCAGUUCUUGAUAUCCUGACUCUUCAGAUUAAGGAAACAGAAACUCAACCGAAGAGCUUAACUUCCGAAAAGCUUAAUUUGGAUGUAGUCAUUAAGUCUACGGAGACAAAAUUGUAUAUAUCGAAUCUAAUGUCCGACAAAGAUAGCCCAGAAGAGAAUACGGCUGAUAUUUUCAUGAAACUAGCCUCAUUAUUGGAAGACGCUAAGCUCAGCUUCAACAACAUUCAGCAUAUCACUUUGCUUUUGUCAGAUAUGUCUCUAUUCGAAAAAGUAAACGGAAUAUAUAGCAAGAGCUUCGAAAACCUAUAUCUUCCACCAUCAAGAAUCUGUAUUGAGACAGAACUUCCCUCUUCUAUAAUGUUAUCUUGCAUAGUGUUGAAAGAUCAAAACGCAGACAAGAAGACAGGUUUACAUAUUCGCUCUCGGUCUUACUGGGCACCGCAAAACAUUGGCCCAUAUUCACAGACAACAGUAGAACAAAGAGAAACUUACAAAUUAGCGACACUAUCUGGACAAAUCCCAUUAGUCCCAAGUAGUAUGGUUCUUAAUGAGGCUGAUAUCACAUAUAAUUCAUUGUUAUCUUUGGAACACCUUCACAAAGUCAAGAGUUUGGUGGGAGUAAAGAAGCUUGCACAGGUAAUAUGCUUUGUCACUAAAAACAGUUAUGUUCCAACGGCAUCUUGGGCAUGGGAUGCUUACAACUCUGACUUUGAAAGUUCUUCGAACUCCCCUCAAAUGGUAAUUGUCAAAGUCAAAUCUUUGCCUAAGGGAGCAAAUAUAGAAUGGGGUGGGCUCAGUUAUGAGAAGUUGGUGGAUAUGUACCACGAUUCAGAUGAUGACGAAGAUAAUGAUCAAGGCAAGGAAGUAUUGUUGGAAGAUGUCAGUAAAUUCGACACAAGUAGCGUUGUAAAUGUCAGUAAUAGUGAAAGAAUAGCUACUUUGUUCACUGAUGAUAGCACUGUUGCAACUGACUUUAUCGCUAAGUACAACAAAACUAAUUAUAUUGAGGUUUUAUCGACUCAAAAUGACUUUAUUGACAUCUUCUCAAUUGUUGGGAAGAAUGCUGUUGGUGUAUUGCCAGUUCAAGCAGUGUUUGAUAACAAAGGUAAACCCUUCAGAUAUGCCUUGAUUGCGAAAUUAGAAAAACAAUAG